UUUCUCUCAACAAUAAUGCACACUCUGGAAUUGAAAAGACACCCAUCUUAGUCUCAUUUGGUAUCCAUCCUCCUAUCUGUAACCCAGUGUCCUUCCUUACCCACAAUCCAAAUACUACAAAACUUGCCCAUAACCCUCUCACAAUCUGCAGCAUCUACCAAAUGAUCAAUCUCUCUCUCUCUCUCUCUCUCUCUCUCUCUCUCUCUUAGUGGAAGAAGCAGAAAAGGCUUCAUAUAAACCUUUGAGCCUUUAAGCCUCUUUGGUAAGAAUAUAUGAGUCAUACUUUCUUCUCUUUUUCUUCAUUCCAUGUCUUUUUAGAAGUUAGGGUUGUUCUGAGGGUUAUAAAUCUUAAUUUAAGUGAUUAUUAACUUCAAGUUUCAACCUUUUGGAGUCUUGAUGAUUACUAUUCACCACCACUUCCAUAAUCAGAGAGACCAUCAAGAUAUGCUUUUUUUGAAAGUCUUUUUUAUCUAGUUGGAAUCCUGACAAACAUUACCAUAACACAAAGGCCCCUCUCUAUCUCUCUCUCAGUUUUGACAAGAGAGAUAUCAAAGAAGAACCACAAGGUAAGAAACAACUAGUCCCCACUUAAUUUUAUGCAGUUUCCCUCACUACCAUGAAUUCUACCAGUCUUUGAAAUCCCCCACAACUCAGCUACCACCAGCCUUGCAUAGAAUUCCAACACGAAACACAGAGGUAGCUAGAGUGGAACAAAAAAUAAGAGAGAGCUUUGCUCUGUACAUGGGGAAGAUGAAUUCCCUUCUCUCAGUCUCCUUUGUGGUUCGAUUUGGAGCCAAAAACCCAUGGAGAUAUGAAACUCCAAGCUUAUUUGCAUAAGCUGUUAAGCAAAAAGAUACAAGCUUUAGCUUAUUACAAAGCCGGAGGAAGGUGGGUUCUGUUUAGUUUUGCUGAUUCUCAAUCUAGUGAAGCAACCAAUGGUAACUCUUCAUCACCGUCCACACCGCCUACUUCUAGACCCAUCAGGAUCAUCAUCAUCAUCAUCAUCAUCAUCAUCAUCAUCAACCACACCAGACCCAGCCAAUGGAAGCAGGACACGUGGGACAUACACCAAUGAGGCCAACUUUGACACCAACAUGGUCAUCAUCCUAGCAGCCCUGCUCUGUGCACUGAUAUUUGCUCUGGGGCUAAACUCAAUCGUGCGCUGUGCUUUAAGAUGCAGCAGAAGGUUCUCUUUUGAGACGCCAGAUGAGACCGCUGCGCGCUUAGCAGCCACAGGGCUGAAAAAGAGCACAUUGCGUCAAAUUCCCAUUGUGGCAUAUGGCUCAGGGGCUAAUAUUCCUGCCACAGACUGCCCAAUUUGCCUUGGAGAAUUUCAAGAUGGCCAGAAAGUGAGGCUGCUGCCAAAAUGCAACCAUGGAUUUCAUGUCAGGUGCAUAGACACUUGGUUUUUGUCACACUCUUCGUGCCCAACUUGCCGCCACUCGUUGCUUGAACAGCCAGCUGCAGCUUCAGAUUCUGCAGAAGUUGCUGAUGCUAGACAUACUGCUGGAAAUGCAUCCUCUGGAGGUCAAGGUGAUGUGCCAAUAUCUGUUGAUGAAGCCAGUUGAUAAUGUUUUAGACUUAGAGAGAGAGAGAUUUUAUUUAUUUAUAAUAUUGUUGGUUUACAAGUAGUUUUUAUUUUUUGUUUAUCAAAUAUGUAAUCUUAUCUGAGGUGCUAUGGCAAUGCCUACAUACAUAUGAGGUUUUUGAGGAAAUAAUAUAAAUUUUUAGCCAAAAUUGAGCACCUCAUAUGUUGGAUGAUAUUAUCUACUCUAAUAUUGUAGUGGUGUUUAACUUGAAUGUGAAGGAAGAUCCAAUCCAAUUAUAAAUUUCAGCUGAUUCAUUUUAUA